AUGACGCAGCCCGAGAGAACGAGAAAGGUCAUACUGGUCCAGAGCCCGGGGACGGCCACGGUAGCAACAGUUCCCAUACCGAUACUGUCACCCACCAACAUCCUCGUCAAGACGGCAUGCGUCGGCCUCAACCCCUCGGACGCAAAGAUGGUACAGGCCGGUACGCCCCAAGGCUCCAUGGCGGGCCUCGAUUUCGCCGGCGAGGUGGUCUCCAAGGGAUCUCAGGUCGGCUCGCACAUCCGGCCCGGCGACCGGGUGUGCGGCGUCGCCUUCGGAUACAACAGAGACAACGAUGCCACUGGUGCCUUCGCCGAGUACGUCGUGGCCGAGGAGCAUCUGGUCUUUGGCAUCCCCGACGGCCUGUCGUUCCAAGAAGCCGCCACUCUCCCGUGCGGUCUGCUCACCGGCGGCAUGGUUCUUCACCACUCGAUGAAGCUGAGAGACGCACCCGCAGAUAUGACCGCACACGUCUUGGUGUACGGUGGGAGCACGGCCUCCGGCAUAUUCAUGAUACAGCUUCUCAAGCAUGCCGGAUUCAUACCCGUAGCAACAUGCUCGCCUCACAACUUCCAUCUAGUCAAAGAGGCCGGGGCCGCGGCCGCCUUCGACUACAACUCGCCCACGUGCGCAUCUGACAUCCGCGCCCUGACCGACGACCGCCUGGCCCACGCGGCCGACUGCAUCACCACGCCCGCGUCCAUGAAGAUCUGCUACGACGCCAUGGGCGCCGCCGGCGGUCGCUACGUCGCCCUCGACAGCUUCCCGAUCGUGUCCCACUCGCGGCGCGCCGUCCGGCCAUCCUGGGUAUUCGCCAUGAGCGCCUUCGGCUGCGCCGUCGACUGGGUGGCCCCGUACAAGUGCCAUCCCACCCCGGCCGACCGUCUGUUCGCCGAGACCUGGAUGAGGCGGGCGGCCGGCCUCGUGCGAGAUGGGGAGGUCAGGCCGCUCCGGUUUCGCAUUGUGGGCGACUCGCUGGGGGAUGUGAGCAAGGGCCUCGAAGAGCUGCGACGGGGGACGGUGUCGGGCGAGAAGCUCGUCUGCAUCGUCAACAGGUCCAUCGUGAACCCCGUUUGA